AUGCUUAAGCAAUACAAGAUAUUGGAUCAACUCUUGGCUUCGACAAAGAACAAGAAAUCUGGAUUAGAGAGAGAAGGUGGAUUGAUUGGUUUCAAUGCGAUGGAAGAAGUAUUGGGACAUGAAGUAGAGCCCUUAUUAGUUCAACACUUGGCCACCUUUCUUGAUCUUUAUGCUGAUAAGGGUACUGUAGUGCAAGAAGCUGCUCAAGUUGCUUCUCGUACCUUGGUUGACUUGAUGCCACCUGAGGCAACCAAGGUCCUGGUUCCUAUUCUUUUGGACGGUAUGGGCUUUAACAGCUCCAAGAAGUGGCAGACCAAGAUAGGAGCUCUCAAGUUAUUGGAACGUUUCACUGAAAAGGCCCCUGAACAGAUCGGUGAAUGCUUACCCGAGAUUAUUCCUGCUGUUUCUGACUGUCUGUCUGAUACCAAAAAGGAGGUCGCUGUCGCUGCUGAAAAGGCCAUGACAAAGGUUUGCGCUGUAGGUGGAAACCCUGAUAUCCACAAGCAUCUGAAGGACCUUGUGUUGUGUAUGGGCAACCCUACACGUGUACCCGAAACAAUCGAAAAAUUGGCUCAAACCACAUUUGUGGCCGAAGUAAAUGGUCCUACCUUGGCUAUCAUGGUCCCUCUCUUGACCCGUGCAUUGAAUGAACGCUCAACAACGAUCAUGCGUCAAACAGUCGUCAUUACCGAUAAUCUCUGUAAACUCGUUCGUGAUCCUCGUACUGCUGCUCAGUUCUUGCCUCAACUCUAUCCUGGUAUCGAACGUCAAGCCGAAUCUGCUGCCUUCCCUGAAAUUCGUGUUUUGGCCAACAGGGCAAAGGAUACCUUGAUCGCUGCUGGUGGGCAUAGUGAAAAGACCGAUGCUGUCUCUGCCUUUGUUACAGUGGAAGAAGGCACUGCUGCUGUCAAGUCAGCUGCUACCAAGGCACAAGGAUUUUUGGACUCCUUCUUUAGUCCUUAUCUUUCCUAUCUGGGUACCAUCGUUGCUGAUUUUGCUCGUCAAGAAAUGUUUACCAAGGAAAAAUGGGUCAAGGUUCUUACUCCUUAUCUCAAGGCUUUCCUUAUGAAGAGUGAUAUCCCUGCUGUUAUCGAUAACGUGUUUGAUCAAGUACACAAGCUUUUUAAGGAACGCAAUAAGGAUAAUGACGAUAGCGCUAUUGAUGAGCAAGAGGGUGAAGAGAUUUGUCACGUCGAAGAUUUCUCACUUGCCUAUGGUACUCGUCUCUUACUUAGCCAUACCAGACUCAAGUUACACCGUGGUCAGCGUUAUGGUCUUUGUGGAGAAAACGGUGCUGGUAAGAGUACUCUGUUGAACGCCAUUCACAACGGCAAAGUCGAAGGAUUUCCUCCUAAAGAUCAAGUGCGUACUGCUUUGGUCGACUACAACUCUCAAGCUGCUGAUACAUCUCUCAAAGUAGUAGACUAUGUUUCUGCUGACACUACAUUACAGCAUAUUAGCCGUGAGGAUAUUGAGAAAUCUCUUCGUGAAGUUGGAUUUGAUGAUGCUCGUUUGGAUGUCCCCGUCUCCGGUUUGUCUGGUGGUUGGAAGAUGAAGUUGGAAUUAGCCCGUGCUAUGCUUUCAAAGGCAGAUAUCUUAUUGCUUGACGAACCUACCAAUCACUUGGAUGUUACCAAUAUCAAAUGGUUAGAGGAUUAUUUGAACGCUCAAAGUCAAGUUACGUGCUUGAUCGUUUCUCACGACUCUGGAUUUUUGGAUAAUGUCUGUACCAAGAUUCUUCACUAUCACAACAAGAAGCUUCGUCUAUACCACGGUAACCUGUCUGCUUUUGUCGAAGUCUAUCCUCCUGCUCGUACCUAUUAUACAUUGGAUGCCUCUACAAUUGAAUUUACCUUCCCCAAGCCAUCUGUCUUACAGGGUGUCCGUUCCAAUACCAAGGCUAUCUUGAAGAUGACUGACUGCACUUACACUUAUCCCGGUAACAAGCAGCCUUCUCUGUAUAACGCAUCUGCCUCUCUUUCCCUUUCCUCUCGCGUGGCCGUCAUUGGACCAAAUGGUGCUGGUAAGUCAACCAUGAUCAAGCUGUUAACUGGUGAAAUGAUACCUCAAACUGGUACUGUCUGGCGUCAUCCUGCCCUUCGUAUCGGUUACGUUGCCCAACACGCUUUCCACCACUUGAACCAACAUCUCGAAAAGACACCUACCGAUUAUCUUCAAUGGCGUUAUUCUACUGGUGAAGAUAAGGAAGUAGCUGAAAAGGAAACCCGUGCAUGGAGCGAAGAAGAAAAGGAACAGAUGCAAAAGUUUAUUAAGGUGGAUGGCGAAGACAGACAGAUUGAAGUACUCUUGGGUCGUACCAAGCUCAAGAAGACAUUCCAAUAUGAAAUCAAGUGGAAGAACAAGCUUCCCAAGUUCAACAGCUGGUUCUCUCGUGAGCAAUUACUCGAACUUGGAUUUAACAAGUUGGUACAACAGUUUGAUGACAAGGAAGCCUCUCGUGAAGGUUUGCUUUACCGUGAGCUGACGAUGCCCACAAUUCGUCAACACUUUGCUGAUAUUGGUCUUGAUCCUGAUAUUGCUCAGUACACCAAGAUGAGCGCUCUUUCUGGAGGCCAAAAAGUUAAGGUGGUUAUCGCUGCUGCUAUGUGGAACAACUGUCAUAUGCUUGUCUUGGAUGAACCUACCAACUUUUUGGAUCGUGAAGCCUUGGGUGGAUUAGCUACAGCCAUCAAGAAAUGGGAAGGUGCUGUCGUCAUGAUUUCUCACUCUAAUGAAUUCGUGUCUGCUUUAUGUCCUGAAACCUGGAGAAUUGAAGGAGGUAGACUUCAGAGAGAAGGACAGUUUGCUGUAGACGAUGAAACCAAAAUUGAUGAAGAAAAAGUGAAGGCCAAGAUUUCCAAGAAGAAGAAGAAGACUCGUAACGAAAUUAAGGCACAAGAAGAGCGUCGUCGUGCUCGUCACCUCAAAUGGAUCAUUGAGGGAGGAGAAAAGGAACCUGAUACAGAAAGCGAUUAG